AUGAACGCACCACCGACGUUUGAACCAUUUGUAUUGCAUGACGGGGAAAAAAAAAUCGUCAAAGAAUUGGACACAAAAGUUGUGAAUGCAGCAAUAUUCUCUAUAAACGAAGAUCACACAUUGGGAAAUAUGAUCAGGAACCAAUUACUUAGAGACCCCAAUGUACUAUUUGCUGGAUACAAACUACCCCAUCCUUUGGAACAUAAAUUUGAACUUCGUAUAUAA